AUGGCGCAGAAUGCAGGCACUGGUCAGCCCGUGCCAGCCCCUGGCACAGCAAGCUCGACCUUGGCCAUUCUACCACCUGAGCUGCUCAGCAUCAUUGCCGCUGACCCGAGCCUCACCAAUCGCGACCGCAAGCAAGCCCGUUUGACCUGUCGAUUACUGGAGACUGCUAUGACGCCUUUCAUCUUCAGGCGCGCUUUCAUCUCCCGAAUUAUUGCAGAUCGUGAUGGGUUCCUGAGCCUCGCUGCUUCGCCUCGACUUGCUGCUUACGUCGAGGACGUGGUCUGGUAUGAGCUGGGAUGUGACUCAACCGCUUUUGUCCAUCUGCCAGAGGCGCUCGAGGUGUACGGAAAUCUCCAGUCUCACCUUAUUGGUGCAAGUAGACUUUUUUGGCUUUGUGUCCCGCGCUUUCUGGCUAUUACACAUCUCACCCCUCCUGAGUGCGCCAUGGAAUUUUUGGGGCGCUUCAAAGCCGCCAUUGCGUGCAUGCCCAACCUUCAUGGUUUCUCGUCGGAGAUGAUGCCAUGGGAUCGCAUACUCAGCCAGCGCGCUGACGGGUAUCAGUUUGACGUGGGACUGAUGAAGACACACACUGAGGAGGACCCGCUUGCAUGGAACCAAGGACUUCUCAACUUUCUCAUACCCACCAUGAUGGAAGAUCAUGGCAGAAUCACGCGGCUGCGCUGUUUCGCUGAGGGAUUUGGCCGCCCGUUGCAGCGUGCCAGCCUGGGCCGAGCUUUCACGUACCUUACCUCUUUGGAUCUCGUUCUCCAGCCGGACCAUCCCCCCAGCCUGCUUGGGAGUCGUUCUAGGCUUUUCAGGCCAGCAUUACGACGCGUACUAAUGGACGCGUCAGACCUUCAGGAGCUUAGCAUAGCCUUGGACUGUGAUAUCGAACUUUUCCGGGUCCCAGAACGUUGUUCUGGCUUAUCUGGUCUGUUCACAGACAAGGCCGGGCAAUUUUACUAUAAAUGGCGACAUCUGCGGUCGCUGAGACUUGCCUUCAUGAUCCAACCUGAGUCGUGGUUGUUGCCGUUGGUCGACGCUCAUUCCGAGAGUCUGCGUCAUCUUGAUCUCGAGCAGUGCAACCUCACAAACUCCUUUGCGACCAGACUUUCUCAGAUACAUGGGCUUCAGCUCAAUUCAAUCAUCAUACUUCAACGAGUAGCUGAAAACAUCACAAUGGGACACUUCGUGACGCACAAUGGUCACAGCGGAAUGAACGAGGACGACGAAUCCUUUGAAGGUGUCGAAGUAGAUCAGGUCUCCGAUCACAGUUCCGAGUGGUGGUCUGAUGCAGAUUCCGACUCUUCCAAUUGA